CACGGCGGCCAUAUUGCUCAGAUUUCCUGAAGGAGAGAGGGGAGAUGAAGGGGAUUCGUGGAAUUAGUCAGCUUUCGACGAGGCUUUACGCGGCCCAGGCUGCCCGUAAGAGACACUUCCAUGUGGCUGCCAGAACAAGCCAGUCUCUCGCUCAGCCACUGAAUGGCAUCAAGCUCUCUCCAGGGGCCGCACACUCCCUCCAGGACAUCCAUGUGACCAGGCUGCCCAGCGGACUGGUGAUCGCCUCCCUGGAGAAUUACUCGCCCGCCUCCAAGAUCGGAGUGUUUGUGAGGUCCGGCUGUCGCUAUGAGACCCCUGAGAACCAGGGGGUCACCCACGUCCUCCGACUGGCCUCCAGCCUGACAACCAAAGGAGCCUCAGCUUUUAAGAUAUGCCGCGGUGUUGAGGCAGUGGGAGGCAGCCUGGGUGUGACUUCAUCCAGAGAGAACAUGGUCUACACCGUUGACUGCUUGAGAGAUGACUUUGACACGGUGAUGGAGUAUUUGAUCAACGUGACGACAGCCCCUGAGUUUCGGCCAUGGGAGGUGUCAGACCUCACGCCCAGAGUCAAGAGGGACAAUGCCCAGGCUAAACAGAGCGCUCAGAUCGAUUUGCUCGAGGCUCUGCAUGAAGCCGCCUACAAGAACGCUCUCUCUAACUCUCUGUACUGUCCUAACCACAUGGUCGGCAACAUCACCUCUGAACAUCUGCACCAGUUUGUCCAGAACAAUUUCACGAGCGCAAGAAUGGCUCUUGUUGGACUUGGUGUGAACCACGAGGUGCUGACUCAAGUUGGAGAGCAGUUCCUCAACAUCCGCAGUGGGACGGGCACCAUGGGGGCCGCGGCUCAGUACCGUGGAGGCGAGGUGCGCUUGCCCGGCCUCGGCGCCCUGGUGCACUCGGCGGUGGUGAGCGAGUCGGCGGCGGCGGGCUCCGGCGAGGCUCUGGCCUACAGCGUCCUGCAGCACAUUCUGGGGGCCGGGCUGCAUGUCAAGAGGGGCUCGUGCACCUCCAGCAAACUGGUGCAGGGUGUUACCAAGGCAACUGCUGACCCCUUUGAUGUCAGCGCUUUUAAUACAAGCUACUCUGACUCUGGUCUCUUUGGGGUCUACACCAUUUCCCAGUCUGCAGCUGCUGCUGAUGUGAUUAAGGCCGCUCUUGCUGAGGUGAAGGCUGUUGCUGACGGUGACGUCACCGCGGCUGACCUCACUCGGGCCAAGGCCCAGCUGAAGGCCGAGAUCCUGAUGUCUCUGGAGACCUCCGAGGGUCUCCUGGAGGCCAUGGGCUCUCAGGCUCUGGCCGAGGGAUGCUACAGCUCCACGGAAGAAGUCUCCACAAACAUCGACAACGUCUCUUUGACCGACGUCGCCAACGCUGCCAAGAAGUUUGUGACUGGCAAGAAGACCAUGGCAUCCAGCGGCAACCUCGUAAACACACCCUUUGUGGAUGAGGUCUAAGACCCUCCUCGUACUAUAUCUGAAAGAAAAAGUUGUUUCCUUUUACAUUUUCACAAAAACAAAGAAGUUAGGGCAUAUAAUGUCAUAAGACCUCUGGGUAUUUAUCAGUGCUGUAACAGUAUAUUUUCAGGUGAUGCUGCUCUGCAUCAUAUUGUCGUGCUCCACUCAUCUGUCCACAUUAACUGUAUAGCUGGUGUAAAAUAAUGAAUAAAUUCUAUCUACCUUACAGAGU